AUGUCCAGUGACAGUGCUGGCAAUGAUGUGACCACCGCCGCCGGCUGUGUGUCGCCACCGGUCAUGUCGGACACCGAGCCCAAGUCUGCCCCUGCGGCCGAGUCCGACUCCAGCGCCAACCUCGAGCCCGGCGCCCCGGCCGCUGCCGCCGACCCAUCGGCCGCGGCCGCCGCCGCCGCCUCCGCCGCCACCGAGGCCACCGAGGCCAUGUCUGCGGAGGAGAUCGAGCAGGCGACGGCCCUGUUGAGCCGGAUUGACGCUCUUGGCGAGGAGGUAUGGAAGGGGAAGCCCUUCCGGAAGUUCCGCGUGGCGCUGAUGCCCUUCGUCCAGAGCAUCGUCGAGUCCUCCGACGGGCGCAUCGACUCGAAGCGCCGCCGCGAGUGGUAUGUGGAGAAGCGCGACAAGCUCGCCCGUCGGCAGCGCUUCGCCGCCGCCGACCGUCACUCCAUCGAGUCGCGCAAGCUCUGGUCCACGCGCAUGAACAACAUGGCCACCAUCCAUGCGAACAUCCAAAAUGCCCUUCCCGGGGCCGAGGCCGUCCCUCUGUUCCCCGAUGGCGUGGGUGAGAACAUGCUGAUCGGUGAUCACCGGCUUCUGGACGCCCCGAAGGUGGACACUGCCAAGGUGGCUGACGUGGCUUCGGAUGCCGAGCCCAUGUCCGAUGGCGAGGCCACUGCUGACACCGGGUCUGCCGCCGCCGGCGAUGCCCGGCCCGAGCCGGCCUCCAUGAGCAACCCGCGCUUCACGCCGCAGGGGCCGCAGCCGGCCUCGGUCCUGCGGGACAUGGUCACCCCGCCGGCUCCGAGCAUCGCCGGUGGCCGGGCCGAGCCCCAGGUCGCCGACGCCGAGGAGGCCGGCGAGCCGGACGGCGCCAACCCUUCGCUCAACCGGCCCAUCGGCUGCUACAUUUGCCGGGCGCGCUUCCGCCAUCUCCACCACUUCUACCACGCCCUGUGUCCCUCGUGUGCCAAGCUCAACUACGAGAAGCGCCACCAGAGCGCCGACCUGACGGAUUACAUUGCCCUGGUGACCGGGUCGCGUGUCAAGAUCGGCUACCAGACCGCGCUCAAGCUUCUGCGCUGCGGCGCCACGGUCUAUGCGACCACGCGUUUCCCGGCCGACUCGCUGUCCCGCUAUGCACGCGAGCCGGACUAUGCCAAGUGGAAGGACCGCCUGCAUGUGAUCGGCAUCGAUUUGCGCGAUGUGGUGGCCAUCGAGCAGCUGUGCACCUUCCUCAACGGCACCCUGCCGCACUUGGACAUCAUCAUCAACAAUGCCUGCCAGACCAUCCGCCGGCCGGCAUACUACUAUCACCACUUGAUGGAGCGCGAGACGCAGCUGCUGGGCAUGCUGGACGACCCGGCCAAGGAGGCCAUUCGGUGGUCGGCGCAUGCCAAUCGCGGGCCGGCCAAAUCCCUCCCGGCCGCCGACCCUGCGUCGGCCGUGGUCGAAGAGCUGGAGGCCGACGGAUCGUCGACCGGCGGGCCCCCGGCCCCGGGCCCGGCGCUGGAUCUGGCCAACGGCGAUGUCAACAUCAUGUCGCUGGCCGGCAAUAUGAUGGCCAUGGCUGGGAGCUUCUCCGAGGCGCUGGCCGACGCGCCGGGCGAUGCCACCGCCGCGGCAAGCAGCGUGGUCCUGUCUGCCGCCACCUCGACCCGGUACUCGUCGGCGCACCUGUCGCAGCUGCCCCUGCUGCCGGAGGACGACGAGCGUCGGGACUGCGUCUUCCCGGCCGGCGCGCUGGACAUCAAUGCUCAGCAGGUGGACCUGCGCAAGACCAACAGCUGGAUGAUGAAGCUGGCCGAGGUGUCAACCCCGGAGCUGAUCGAGGUGUUCACGGUGAACUCGGUGGCGCCGUUUGUGCUGAAUGGCCGCCUGCGGCCGUUGUUGGAGCGCUCGCCCCGUGCGGCGCGGUACAUCGUCAACGUCAGCGCCAUGGAGGGCAAGUUCUACCGCUUCAAGAGCCCCAACCACCCGCACACCAACAUGGCCAAGGCCGCGCUGAACAUGAUGACCCGCACCAGCUCCCAGGAUUAUGCCGAGAGCUCGAUCUACAUGAACUCCGUGGACACCGGCUGGAUCAAUGACGAGAAGCCGCUGGAGCUUGCGGCACGCCACGCGGAGUACUUCCAGACGCCGAUCGACGAGGUCGACGCCAUGGCGCGCAUCCUGGACCCGGUGUUCGACGGGGUCUCCCGGGGGAAGCUCUAUCAUGGCCUCUUCAUGAAGGAUUACUUCCCGACCGAGUGGUGAGGUCCCUUUGCCUCACCUCCGCCCCCCCCCCCCCCCCC